UUUCACAAUUUUUUCUUAAAAAUACUAUUAUACAACUCAAGCUGGGAUUCUACUUCUUUAACACUGCUAGUUUUAAUUUCCCGUAGAAAUAAUAUAAUCUAUAAAAAUUCAAAGAACAACUUUGAACCCUAACUUCAUGUGUUCUCCUUUGUUGCUCUUGCUCUUUGUCUCGAUUCCUUGCCAUCUUCAUCCUAUCUCUUAGCUUUCUUUGCUUUUGUUUUUGUUUUUUUUAUUCCAUGGAGAUCAAUCGUGUGGAAGACGAGUUUAGCGAUAAAACAUCGAGUGAGAACGAGAAUGAGCGUCAGAGGACAGUGCGUGAUGAUGAUAAUGAUCACGGUGCUUCUUCUUCAGAUUCUUUAAUGGAAAGGCAAAGACCAAAUCGAAGAAAGUUCAGAUGGCGCGAGAAGAAUGUUUCCAAUGGAGCUGAAGGCCAAGUUCGAAGCUGUCCAUAUUGCGGCAAAAAAUUCAGCCCUGGCCAAGCCUUGGGUGGUCAUAUUCGGAUGCACGAGAAGCCUAAAGCUUAUAAGUCAGUGCCUAAAGUUUUGUCCACCGUGACUGAUAAGAAAGAAAAGGGCGACAAUACUUGUUUUAUUUGCAAGGAGAGGUUUCCAUCGAUCAUGUCGUUGUGUGGACAUAUGAGGAACCAUCCUGAGAGGGAUUGGAAGGGUAUUCGGCCUCCGAAUUCUGACGAGACUACACCUGAGCCUGACACUCGACUACUGCAACAGGAGCCAGCUAAAAAUUUGCCGAAUUGCAUAAGCAAUUGGUCAGUGACUGGAAAGAGAGGCCGGAAAGCUAGUAUUAAAGACAAGCUUGCCAUUAAUCGAGUUCCUGAAAAGAAGAGGAAGCUUCGAAAUUCAGAAGAUGGGAACCAAUCCAAGUUUCCAAGGCAGGAGUUGAAGACUGAAAAGGCUGCUUCGAUACUAGAAGAAGAAGACAUCUUGGAAAAGGAUUUGCCAGAAGAAGGAGAGAUCAUUGAAGAAGAACUUAACAUCCGCAAAGUUGAUGACGGCAGUAGUAUAAGCGAGGAUGUACUAACUAAUUCUUUCUCAACUUUUCAAGCAUUGGGUAUACAAAGGGUCAGCCAUGGGAAGAUUAACGACUUUGAUCACCUAGGUGAAUUGGCCUUCUCUGAUGCCACAAUUGUUGACAAGAAGCAUAGGGAAUCUAGUUCUUCUGGCUCAAACGUGGGCAAAAGUAAAAAAAUUGCACGCCACGGUAAGACUUAUCAGGCCCGUAGCAACCAUAAGAUCUGCCUUCAAAUGGAAACUGCAGACAAUCCCCUCAGCAGAAUUACAUCGCAGGAAGAAGCCAAGGAGGUUGGUUUCAGAGGAGAACCAGCAGGAGAAAGUGGAUUUGAUCACAAAGCCAGCCUCUCCCCUGAAGCUAUACAGGCUGGUACUGCGAAAAUGUUGGAUUUUGAUCUCAAUCUUCCUCAUGAAGAAUAAAUUCAAUUUUCACUUUGCCUUUUCUAAGCUUGCUUUUUUUUUUUUUUUGUUAGUACUUCUCUAAGAAGUCACCUUCUGGAGUCGGGUGCUUGAGCUUUUCCCUAUCGUUGUUAUCUGUAUUUUCUUUAGAAUUUAAACU